AUGGAAUUAUUAGGGAAAGAAGAGACUCAUGCAAUCAUUUGUACAUCACGAUCACAAGCAGUAGCUACCUGUUUACUUCGUUGUUGUAUUCAAGGAUUCAAUUAUCAGACUUCAAUGACUACUGCCACUGUAUCAUAUCAUGAAUUACCACCGCUUACAAGUUGGGUUUCUGAUUCCCAACAGCAGCAACAACACCAUCAGCAGCAGAUUCAUAAUUCACCACCAAAUUCAAUACCAGUUACAACUUUCAUAGUACCGUCAUCAACAGCAGCGUCAUCAUCAACUUCAUCAUCAUCUUCACCAUCAUUAAUGCCAUUAUUAAGUGAUCAGCAACAAGUUCAUAUUUUAGCUGAUCAUCGCCAUUCUUCACAAAACAUCCCAUUACUUUCGUCGCAAGAAAUUUUUUGCGCUCAAGCACUUAAUCAUUAUAGUGCAGAUAAUGAAAUAGAGGAAGGUUUCUGGGAUGGAACGUCUUCAUCUUUGCUGGCUUCAAAUCAGCCACCAGCAGGUGAAAGCACUGUUCAGCGAUUUCAUCAAAUUAAUUCUAGUGCAGCAAAUGCAAAUAUAAUUCACUGUGCUGCCAUGCAUUUAUCUCCUCAACAGAAUCAUGGAGAAAGCGAAUAUCGAAGUAAAAAACGGUCAAACAACAGUAAUUGUGGUUCCAUUCGUUCGCUUUCAUUGCCUUCAUCAAGUGGUAUUUCUGCGCCAAGUGUUGCAGAGGAAUUAUGUUUAGUUUGUGGUGACAAAGCAUCCGGGUAUCACUAUAAUGCUCUUACCUGUGAAGGAUGCAAAGGUUUUUUUCGGCGAUCAAUUACUAGAAAAGCAGUUUAUCACUGUAAAUACGGAGAGACAUGUGAUAUUGAUAUGUACAUGAGGCGCAAAUGUCAACACUGUCGUUUGAAGAAAUGUAUGGAAAUCGGAAUGCGACCCGAACGAUUACGAGCUGAUUCGCGAGUGCCUUUAGUUGUGAUUCCGGAAGAUCAAUGCCGAAUCAAGCGUGAAGCAAAGCAGAAGCUACGUACAGCUCAAGAACAACAGCGCAAAGCAAAUUGCGUGAGUCCACAACAAGCUGUUAGUUCUUCUGAGUCACCUGAUGAAUGUGCUGCAUUGUCCGUAGAAACUCAAGAAUUGAUCAAACGAAUCGUGGGAAUCGAUCAGCAAUUUGCCAUGCCAUCAACUGAUACUCUAAUGAAAAUUUCGGGAUGUAAUGAAGCGGGUAGCUCUUAUCAACAACUUGCUGAACUCACAAUUCUUAGUUUACAACUUAUUCAUCAAUUUACAAUGCAUUUGCCGGGUUUCUGCAAACUUUCUGAUGAGGAUAAGCGUACUUUGCAUAAGACAUGUAAAACAGAAGUGCUAGUUUUACGUACAUCACGUUGUUACGAUAUGUUUGAUGAAAAGGUAGUGCUUGGUAAUGAAACCAAACAAUGGCGUUACGAUCGUGAACAGUAUAGAGAAUUUAUUGGACCUUUGGCUGAUUCCAUGUUUGAUUUCGCUCACUCUUUAUCAAAAAUGCAACUUCAUCAAGCAGAAUAUGUUUUGCUUACUGCUAUUGCUAUUUUUUCAGACCGACCUGGUUUACAAGAACCUAAAUCCGUGGAAGAUAUUCAAGAAGUAUACACUUCUGCUCUGCAAUCAUAUGUUGAUGCUUUAAGACCUAAACAGCGGAAUAUUUUCAGCCGGUUAUUAAUGAAAUUGACUGAUCUUCGAAGUCUCGCUUCAGAGCAGAGUGAAAUAAUUACGGGAAUCAGUUCGACUAAUAAUGCUGUAGCUAUGCCAUUAUCAUCAUCACAGCCAUCAUUUGAUAGCAAAUUUACAAUUACUAAAUCACAGUCCUCAAUUCAUGAGCAGCAGCAGCAACAACAACAGCCUCAAUAUUCCUUAUAUACUCAGGGAAAUUAUCAAUCUUCAACAUCAACUACCGAUUAUUAGUA